CUCUCUCUCUCUCUCUAAGCAUGGAGGACGAGGCGUUCCGGUGGCUGAAGCUGGCGGUGAUAUGCGCGGCCCUGGCGGGGGCUGCACUGAGGGUCGCGGCGGUGCUGUGGUGGGGGCCGAGGAGGAUCGAGGAUCACUUCUCUCGGCAAGGCAUAAGGGGGCCGCCGUAUCGGUUCUUCAUCGGGAACGUGAAGGAGCUCGUGGGGAUGAUGAUGAAGGCGUCGUCGCAGCCCAUGGCGCCCCCCUUCUCCCACAACAUCCUCCCCAGGGUCCUCUCCUUCUACCACCACUGGAAGAAGAUUUACGGGUCGACGUUUCUGGUGUGGUUCGGGCCCACGGUCCGGCUCACGGUCUCGGACCCCGACCUGAUCAGGGAGAUCUUCACCUCCAAGCAGUCGGAGUUGUACGAGAAGAGCGAGUCGCACCCCCUCGUGAAGCAGCUCGAAGGCGACGGCCUCCUCAGCCUCAGGGGCGAGAAAUGGGCUCACCACCGCAAGAUCAUCCUCCCCACCUUCUACAUGGAGAAUCUCAAAUUGCUGGUGCCGGUGGUGGCGAGCAGCGUGAUGAGCAUGUUGGAGAAGUGGGAGGCAUUGAUGUCCAAAUCGGGAGAGGUCGAGCUUGAGGUCUCGGAGUGGCUCCAGAACCUGACCGAGGACAUCAUCACCAAAACGGCGUUCGGCAUCAGCUACGAAGAUGGCAAGGCCAUUUUCAGGCUCCAAGCUCGGCAGAUGCUCCUCGCCGCCGACGUUUUCCAGAAGGUCUUCAUCCCUGGCUACAGGUUCUUGCCAACGAAGAGGAACAUAGUCUCUUGGAAGCUGGACAGGGAAAUAAAGAAGUCGCUCGUUAAGCUCAUCGAUCGCCGGAAAGAGGAGUCCAGCAGCGGCGACGGCGAAGGCGGCGGCGGCUGCGAGGCGGCGCUCGAGGGACGGAGCCGAAGCCGGAGCCGGAGCGGACCCAACGAUCUGCUGGGGCUGAUGAUCCAGGCCUCGAACUCGUCGGACACGGUCUCGGAGAACGACAUCGUGGAGGAGUGCAAGGGGUUCUUCUUCGCCGGCAAGCACUCCACGUCGAACCUGCUGACGUGGACGACAGUCCUCCUGGCGAUGCACCCGCAGUGGCAGGUCCGGGCACGUGACGAGGUCCUCAGGGUGUGCGGGUCACGUGACGUCCCUACCAAGGACGACCUUGUCAAGCUCAAGACGCUGACCAUGGUAGUGAACGAAUCCCUGCGGCUAUACCCUCCGGUCGUGGCGAUGAUCCGGCGGGCGAGGGCGGACGCGGAGCUCAACGGGUACCAGAUCCCCCGCGGGACCGAGAUCCUGAUCCCGAUCCUGGCCCUCCACCACGACCAGGCCAUAUGGGGGAGCGACGCCAACGAGUUCAACCCGGCCCGGUUCGCGGACGGCGUGGCCCGGGCGGCGAGGCACCCGGGGGCGUUCGUCCCCUUCGGCCUGGGUCCCCGGAACUGCAUCGGCCAGAACUUGGCCCUCCUGCAGGCCAAGCUGGCCCUGGCGAUCAUAAUCCAGCGGCUCUCGUUCGCCCUCGCGCCCAGCUACCGGCACGCCCCGACGGUGCUGAUGCUCUUGUACCCGCAGCACGGCGCGCCCAUCAUAUUUAAGCGGUUGACCGACCCUCCGGCCCCACAAGAUCAACGGCGUGAAUCGAAGCUUAAGCGUACGUGA